AUGUCUUUUAAUAACACGCAAGAAACUUCAGAGGUGUUAGGAAAAAAAAAAAAAAGCAGAGAUCAAUCGACCGGCAGAAAUGACGAGGGAUUGGGAAGUACACGCAGGCCGUACGGUGAAUCAUGGUACUGGGACAACCGUUACUCGCACGAAUCAGGACCGUUCGAUUGGUAUCAAAAGUACCCUGCCUUGGCUCCUCUCAUCAACCUCUACGUUCCUCAUCGCCACCAGCGCAUCCUCGUCGUCGGUUGCGGCAACUCCGCUUUUGGCGAAGGCAUGGUGGAUGACGGUUACGAAGAUGUGGUGAAUAUUGAUAUAUCAACGGUUGUGAUUGAAGCUAUGCAGAGGAAGUAUUCUGAUCACCUUCCACAACUCAAAUAUUUUCAAAUGGAUGUUCGACAAAUGGAUGAUUUUCAAACAGGUUCCUUUGAUGCCGUUAUUGAUAAAGGAACUCUAGACUCUAUCUUGUGUGGAAGUAAUUCACGGCAAAAUGCCACUCAAAUGCUUAUAGAAGUUUGGAGGGUCCUCAAGGAUAAAGGAGUCUAUAUUCUGGUCACUUAUGGAGCACCAAUAUAUCGUCUGAGCUUGUUAAGAGAUUCAAGCUUGUGGAGGAUAAAGCUUCAUGUGAUAGAGAAACUUGUGAUAGAAGAGAAAUCUGAGCGUCCAUUAUGGGAGCUGACUAAUCCUGUCCCAAUGGAGAACGAGGGAAGCUCAGUGGAAGCAGCAGUACUUGGGAAGAACCCUGAUGUCCAUUAUAUAUAUGUCUGUACUAAGGAUGAAUCUUUGAAGGCAGGACCUAAGCUGGAAGCAGCAGUUCAUUGAGGAAGAGAAGCAUCCCCAGCCUUUCGCAAAGUUAUUCUUUUUGCCUUGCUUGAAAUAUUCUAAUAUUUAUGUUGAGAAUAAUUAUGGUAGUCUAAUCUGUUGUCUCUGUAUCAUGAAUGGCCAUGAGCCAUUGGAUUUUACAUUCUCCCUUAUUUUUGUUGAGUCAGUAUUUUCCUUACUGAUUAACUUGGAUUGAUUGAAUUAAGUAAUGACAAAAUUCACAGUUGUUCA